ACUUUCUUCUCUCACAAUUUGCCCUGACCAUUAUCAUCAUCAUCAUUUUUACGUACCACCUCUCUGCUCUUUGUUUCCACCGAAGAAAAUCUCACAAAAGUUAAAAACAUUUCUAAACCGACCCAUAAAUUUGUCCUUUGAAUUCUUAUAGCUUCAUUCUUUAUCUCUACACCAAUCCAAUCCUUUUUCUUGCUUUUUUUCUUCAAUUAGACGAAGCAAAAUCAUAAUCCAGAAUUGCAAUGUUGUUUCGUUAUUCAAUCAAUUUCGGUGAUCAGGGGUAUAGAUGAACAUUAUCUCCGGCGAACUGGGGUUAUUUUGUGAAUUCAAAACCUCAUAAGGAGCAUUCUGCAAAAGUUUACGGGAAAUGAGUCAACAGACUCGGUUAAAACCGAGUCACGACCCGGUCAAAAAACUGAAACUAAUUCAUGAAAACAAAGACUGCGAGAUUUUCUCUCUUCUCGCCAGAUUUUUUCUCGUCCUCUGUCUCAUCUCCUCAAUUUCUCUCGUCCUCUACACCGGUCUAUUCCCUCAAACUCACUACCUCCAUUUCCCGCCGCCGAACAUCUCCGCUCCGCCGCCAAACUCCGAGUUCGCCAACCAAACCGGGCCGACAAACAUCUCGCACAUCCUCUUCUGCAUCGGAGGAUCCGCCGCCACGUGGAAAUACCGGAGCCGCUACAGCUCCCUCUGGUGGCGACCAAACGAAACCAGAGGUUUCGUUUGGCUCGACGAAACGCCGGCGAGAGAAAACGCGCCGGAAAACACGAGCAUACCGUAUAGAAUAUCCUCCCCGGAGUGGAAAAAAUUCAAAUUCUCCAGCUCAAGAUCAGCGGUCAGGAUCGCGAGAAUUAUACGGGAGAGUUUUAAACUGAGGGAAAAAAACGUGCGGUGGUACGUGAUGGGAGACGAUGAUACGGUGUAUUACACACACAACUUAGUUACGGUGUUGGCGAGAUAUGAUCAUAAUCAGAUGAUGUACAUUGGAGGAAACUCUGAGAGCGUUGAACAGGACGUGAUGCACUCGUACGACAUGGCGUUUGGUGGCGGUGGAUUUGCUGUCAGUUAUCCAUUGGCUGAGAAAUUAGUCAGCAUAUUGGACGGUUGUCUUGAUCGGUAUUAUUAUUUGUACGGCUCUGAUCAGCGGAUUUGGGCGUGUAUUACGGAGAUUGGUGUGCCGCUUACCAGAGAAGCUGGCUUCCAUCAGUUUGAUAUCAGAGGAAAUGCUUAUGGAAUCCUAGCAGCACAUCCACCAGCACCACUUGUAUCACUUCAUCACCUUGAUUAUGUGGAUUCAUUAGUCCCAAACCUAAACCAAAUAGACUCACUCAAAUCUCUCAACAAUGCAUACCAUGUCGACCCGCCGCGGAUUCUUCAACAUGUCUUCUUCCAUGACUAUAACCGCAAAUGGUCGAUAUCGAUAGCAUGGGGCUACACCAUUCAGCUAUACCCUAAACUAAUGCCGGCUAAGGACUUGCAAACGCCGCUGCGGACAUUUAAAACUUGGAGGACAGGCAGUGACGGACCCUUCACAUUUAAUACGAGAUUGGUGAAGUCUGAUCCUUGUGAACUUCCUAUUGUUUUUAUGUUGGAGACUGCUGAGGAAGUCGGUUCUAGCGGAUCUCGAACUAUCUACCAUCGGAUUGACCCCAAGCCGGAGAAGACGUGCAAUAAAACAGAGUAUGCGCAAACAAUGUCGGUGCAGAGAAUUGUUAUAGGAGCUUUGAAAUUAGACCCAGAGUGGUGGACUAAGGAAAGAAGAAGACAAUGCUGUGAUAUUACUAAUAGAGGAAGCAAACAGAGCAGUAUGCAGAUUAGAAUUAGAAAAUGCAGGCCCUGGGAAACUAUUACCAUUCAGAGGUAGUUAGCUUUUUAAAAUUUGGAAUGUAAAUAGUCAAAUUUACAAUGUUAUACAAAAAAAAAACACUAAAAUAAGAACAGGAUAUAUUGUUUUACAUAAUUUCUUGUUGUAGACCUCAGGAAUUCCGGUUUGGAACUGGCAAUUCAUAGUUCCAAAAAAUUGAAAUCCAGCUGAACCGCUCCUUGGGCGCUUUGAGGGUC